GCCAUCCGCAGUCUCCCUUCCCCGCCUUGGGCCGCGCCCAGUACUCGCGAAGUCCUUUAAAGAAGAGGCCCUCAGAAGGUCCUUCUCUUAAGAAAAUAAAGAAGGUGGUGGAAGCAAGUCUCCUCAUCUUUCCCGGCCCUACAUGGCUGCAAAAUCAAGAAAGUCUUUAGCCCCAUCUCCAUCCAACCAGGCUCCUGAAGAGGACCUUGUAAUUGUCAAGGUCGAGGAAGAUCAUGGUUGGGACCAGGAAUCCAGUCCACAUGAACAUAACCCUCCUGGCCAAGAGCUGUUCCGCUUGCAAUUCAGGAAGCUGUGCUACCAGGAGACACAAGGACCCCGAGAAGCUCUGAUCCAACUCCGGGCACUUUGCCAUCAGUGGCUAAGGCCAGAUUUGAACAGCAAGGAGCAGAUCCUGGAGUUGCUGGUGCUGGAGCAGUUCCUGAGCAUCCUGCCCAUGGAGCUGCAGGCCCUGGUGAAGGAACAUCAGCUGGAGAGUGGGGAGGAGGUGGUGACCCUAUUGGAGGAUCUGGAGAGGCAGAUUGACAUCCUAGGACGGCCAGUCCCGGCUCGUGCACAUGGUCACAGGGUCCUCUGGAAGGAGGUCGUGCACUCGGAACCCGCACCAGAGCCUCCAGAUGCUCCGCUCCAGCCUCUGGCAACCGGGCACAUUGUUCCCGAGCUCCACGGGCCCCGAGAUAGAGCUGUAUCUGCUUCUCACAGUCCCACCUCUUCCCAGAAAGGAAGUCCUGGAAACCAGGUGGCUGCGUCACUUCUAACUGCAGGGCUCCAGACUCUGGAGAAGAUUGAAGACAUGGCUGUAUCCCUGAUUCGAGAGGAGUGGCUUCUUGAUCCAUCACAGAAGGAUCUGAAGAAAGAUGACAGGCCAGAGAGUUACAGAAGCAUGUUCUCCCUGGGUGGUGAAACCAGGAAUGAGAACAAGGAAUUAGCUUCAAAACAGGUAAUACCUACCGGAGCCCAACUACAUGGAGAGACAGCUGCCAAAUGCAACGGGGAUGUUAUCGGGGAUCUUGAGCGUGGAGAAGCCCAAGACCUUCUGGGCAGAUUAGAGAGGCAGCGGGGGAAUCCCACCCAGGAGAGACGACAUAAAUGUGAUGAAUGUGGAAAGAGCUUUGCUCAGAGCUCAGGCCUUGUUCGCCACUGGAGAAUUCACACUGGGGAGAAACCUUAUCAGUGUAAUGUGUGUGGGAAAGCCUUCAGUUACAGGUCAGCCCUUCUUUCCCAUCAGGAUAUCCACAACAAAGUAAAACGCUAUCACUGUAAGGAGUGUGGCAAAGCCUUCAGUCAAAACACAGGCCUGAUCCUUCACCAGAGAAUCCACACUGGGGAGAAGCCAUAUCAUUGCAACCAGUGUGGGAAGGCGUUCAGUCAGAGUGCGGGCCUCAUUCUGCACCAGAGAAUCCACAGUGGGGAGAGACCCUAUGAAUGUAAUGAGUGUGGGAAAGCCUUCAGUCAUAGCUCACACCUCAUUGGACAUCAGAGAAUCCACACUGGGGAGAAGCCCUAUGAGUGUGAUGAGUGUGGGAAAACCUUCAGGCGGAGCUCACAUCUUAUUGGCCAUCAGAGAAGCCACACUGGGGAAAAACCCUACAAAUGCAAUGAGUGUGGGAGGGCCUUCAGUCAGAAGUCAGGCCUUAUUGAGCAUCAGAGAAUCCAUACUGGAGAAAGACCCUAUAAAUGCAAAGAAUGUGGGAAAGCUUUCAAUGGGAACACUGGCCUCAUUCAGCAUCUGAGAAUUCAUACAGGGGAGAAGCCCUAUCAAUGUAAUGAGUGUGGGAAAGCCUUUAUUCAGAGGUCCAGUCUCAUUCGACAUCAGAGAAUCCACACUGGAGAAAAAUCUGAGUCUAUAGGAUUUUAGGGGAAACUUGAGUCAUAGUUUGGGCAUUAUUCAACAGUAAAGGAACCACAUGCUGUGAGAGGUCUUUCAGUGCAGUACAAAGGCAGAAAGCUUGUCAUCGUGACCUGAUGCAGGGUCAGAAUCUAUAGUGGGGGCAGUUAGAAUAGCUCUUGAGUAGUUUGGGCCCAGUGCUUCAUGCAGGUGGGUUAGCUUGACUGUCCUAGGAGGUGUCUGAUGAACCAGCGUACCCCUUAGAAGCUUAAAGAAUGAGUUGCUUGUGGCUUGAGGCACCUAACACCAAACUUUGUCUUCUGUGUGAGUAGCUGUAGAUUUAAGUCAGUCUGCUCCUGGCUCCUCUGCUUCCUCCCAUCUCUGUGGCCCCCUCCCCGGUUAGUCACCUGGAGGGGCAUGUGUGUGCUCCUCCUCUACCAAGGAAGCUUGCUUUAGAGUUCAAAGCAGCCUCUGUGAGACUUAGAUGUAUAUUUAGCUUUCUAAGAUUCUAGUUCUAGGGAAAAUUUUACAGACAGGUAUUCAAGCUUAGGUGUGCAUUUUCUUCUAAUGUUCCUGGUAAUUAGUGAAAUUCAUAUUCCCACUCAUACUCAGAAUGCUAUAUUUUUAACAGCACUCCAGCAUUUUUCUUCAUAUGUCACCUUCACUGACUCCACUGAGUCACUGAAUACCACAAGUGUCCUCCACCCCAAGCGCCAGGCCCUGAGUCAGCCAAGGAAGUGCUGCGUUAGUGAUGGUUGUGGGACUGUGCAAAGGAAGGUGAGUGCAGACAGUCCGCCUGCUCUUGAGCUUGGAUGGUUGCCCCUUGUGGUGACAUCUGGCUCUCCUUUCCACCUCCCACUGCAUGCUGUGGUAUGGACGGGUGCUUUACACCAUUCUAGUUAUGGUGUCACAUGGGAGCUGGUGGGCUUGAGGAAGGCAUACAAAUCCUUACGCAGAAUGUGCACUCAUCCCUCUGGCCCAUCUCAGUGCUGCUUUCACAGGUUCCUGACUAGGUGGUUGGUCACCCUUGUUAUCACCCUGGACCCCCUUCCUCAGGUGGCAGCACCUCACACACCUCUUGCCAUUAGCUUAUAUGUCACAGUGGUGAUCUCUCAAGUACCUCGAUUCACUGUUGCUCGAUUUUCUUAAUUUGGGUGCACACUCCAUCUGUAAUCCAGCAAAGACCACGGUAAACUCAUUGUCACCAGGACAACAUUUCAUCUUGGAGGCUAAUUUAAAGUAACAUCAGAGUUCACACAUCCACACGGGCUGUCUUUCAGCUGUGUGGUUGUAACUGUUUUAGUGGCGUUAUCACUACAAUAAGCAUUCCUUCAGGUAUUCCUGUUUGAUAAACCACAUGGGAAAACUAUUAUUCUUGAGUCACAUCUCGUUUUUUACUUUGAUUACCCACUUAUUCACCAAAUUUUGAAUCAAAUAAUUUCUGGCUACUUUCAAAGUCAUCUUUCAUAAUGGGAAUUUAUUCCGUUAAUCCUACUCAGAAGAAUAGGAUAUACGUUCUGCUGAAAACUCCAAGAGAAGUUAUAUCACUUCACACUGACUAUUCUGAACAGGGACAACACUUAUUAAUUGUGAUAUUUUGAUUGAUGGAUGUUUUUUAAAAUCAGUCAUAAAACCUUACUUUACAGAGGUCCAUCUUUGAGAUCAUAAAUUCCUUCCCUGUAGUAUAUCCUUCCUCUACUGCCCUUUGGUCCACCUUCACCACGAACAUCAUGGUUACCUACACCUAUUUCAUUGAGUUGUUGGUACCCACGAUCAUUUGUCAUCCUGGUUUCCUUGGUGAAUUUUUCAAGACAGUGCUUUUGGUUGUCCUUCAUGUUAUUAUUCAUAUUAAUUUUCUCCCUCCCUCCCUUUCUCCCCCUCUCUCUCCUAUGGAUUACCAUUCAUAAUUCCCUUGUACUUAAAAUUGCAAGAAGCCAGAAAUUAAUAAAUCUGGAAGUCUCUAGG